AUGUCCGCUCAGCAACCUACAGUUAUUUACAUCACGCCAACCGUUGCACCCCUCGAAGCAUCAGAAGGUGCCGUAGACCGUCCUGAUCGUUCAGCUUCUUUGACCAUCCCCGACGCACACCACACUGACUAUUGUCUUGAUCCCUGGGAGAGAGUCAGUUUCACAGCUGUGUCUCGGGAUGGGGCCGUGUACGAGAAGGACAGCGAUUUCGUGUUCAAAGACCCUAUUAACCCUUCUAUUGAUACCGACUUCCCGGGAAGUGGGGUGAGGGAGUAUUAUGCAAACCUCUACGAUACAAAUGGUCCUGAUGAUGUGACGUUCACCCUCUUGUCGCGCUAUGUGCCCGAUCGAGACCGCCGAACAUGGACUGUAGAGCACUUUAACGCAACACAGGAUCAUACGCUCGAACGCCGAGACGACAGACUCUGCUCGUGCGCCGAACCGGACUGCGUCCUCCAGAGCGUACCCACCGAACUCCCACGUAUAGGAGCUAACCCUAGUGAUAAGGGCGGACACUCUCAUUGA